AUGGCGACCAAGGCAGCUGGGGCGACGGAGCGAGAGCGGGGGAGCGGCCCGGCAGUGCUGCCGGAUGAAGACAAAAUUAAUAAAGACGAAGAAGCCAUGGCUUGGAAACUUCUCUCACUUGCUGAGGUUAGCAUUAUGUUGGAACAAGACAUAGCAGGAGUUGAGAAGAGUCUGGAAGAGUUUCUGAAUCUGAAGCACCGACUGACUAAUUUGAAAGAAGCUGCAUUACUGGAUUAUUAUGUCUCUGGAUUUUGGUGGGCCAAAGGAUUAGACUUCUCAUCUGUGCAAAUUGGAGGAUUCCUGACUCUCCUGAAUUUGCUGCUGGAUAAUCUGGAGACCUAUCACAUGACCCUGGAAGAGAACAUCCAGGAACUUGCCAGCGCCAUGGCUGGCAUCGGGCUGAGCAAUUCGGAGAUAAGCAGCGGGUUUGAGUUCUUCACCAUAGAUCAAGCCAAAGCCAUCAUCAAUUACGUGAAGAGCAGCUUAUUCCAACAUUAUACGUUGUACGAGUAUCUUUUCCACAGUCCCAGGGAAGAACUGGUGACUGGAGAUGAGAAAGUGGUAGAGCUGGUCAGUCCCACAAAGACCCCCUUUCCUGCCCCCUUGGAAGAAGGCUUACCCAGUGACAUCUACUCCACGUACCUAGCUCUGACUCCAGGGGAAGAGGAGGAGGAAGAGGAGGUGACCAAGGAACCAGAAGGCAUUCCUGCAGAAGAGCCAGCUGAAGAACAAGUGACCGUGGAUCCUUUGAUGGGCUACACCAUGGAGGACAUUCGCUCGGUCCUGGGCCAGCUCACCAACGACCUCAUCACCAACAUCCAGUCUGAGAUCUACGAGAAGCUCCAACUUCAAGAAGACACUUAUUCAGCAAGAAUAGAGAAGCUGAAGAAAGCCUGAAGCCAUCAGAACAGCGGACCGAAGGGAAAGCACGUGCAAAUAAGGGAAAUUGAUCAAGGCCUCCUGUUCAUCGCUCUGCAAGUCAACAGAAGAGAAGAAACUUUUCCAAGCAAGUAACAACCCUGCUUUUUUUUUUCCCUUGCCCCAUUUUGUCAUUUGACUAAAUACAAUAAA